GUUCCGAGUGGCGGCGGCCGGGCGGAGCGCGCUGCCUGCUGAGUGUCCGUCCCGGAGCUGUCUCCUGCCGGCUCGCCAUGGACGACCACGACGUCUCCCCCAGCCCCAAGGGCGCCUUCCGAAAGUUCCUGGAGCACCUCUCCGGGGCCGGCAAAGCCAUCGGCGUGCUGACCAGCGGCGGGGAUGCCCAAGGUAUGAACGCCGCUGUCCGUGCCGUCGUGCGCAUGGGGAUAUACGUGGGGGCCAAAGUGUACUUUAUCUAUGAGGGCUACCAAGGCAUGGUGGACGGCGGCAGCAACAUCGUGGAGGCCGACUGGGAGAGCGUCUCGAGCAUUCUGCAAGUGGGAGGGACCAUUAUUGGCAGCGCCCGUUGUAAAGCCUUCCGCACCCGGGAAGGCCGCUUGAAAGCUGCUCGUAACUUGGUCCAGUUGGGCAUCACCAACCUGUGUGUGAUCGGCGGGGACGGGAGUCUCACUGGGGCCAACAUCUUCCGGAAAGAGUGGAGUGGGCUGCUGGAAGAGCUGGCCCAGAGCGGCCAGAUCGACAAGGAGGAGGUGCAGAAACACUCGUACCUCAACGUCGUGGGCAUGGUGGGCUCCAUCGACAACGACUUCUGUGGGACAGACAUGACCAUCGGCACAGACUCGGCCCUGCACAGGAUCAUUGAAGUCAUCGACGCCAUCAUGACCACUGCCCAGAGCCACCAGAGGACGUUCGUUCUUGAGGUCAUGGGGAGACACUGCGGGUACCUGGCCCUAGUGAGCGCCCUGGCCUGUGGGGCGGACUGGGUGUUCCUGCCGGAGUCUCCGCCAGAGGAAGGUUGGCAGGAAAACAUGUGCGUCAAACUCUCAGAGAACCGAGCCCGGAAAAAAAGACUGAAUAUCAUCAUUGUGUCUGAAGGAGCAAUCGAUACCCAAAAUAAACCUAUUACCUCGGAGCAAGUCAAGGAGCUCGUGGUCACUCAGCUGGGAUACGACACGCGAGUGACCAUCCUUGGACACGUGCAGAGAGGCGGGACGCCGUCAGCCUUCGACAGGAUUUUGGCCAGCCGAAUGGGUGUGGAGGCCGUGGUCGCCCUCCUCCAGGCCACCCCGGAGACCCCAGCCUGCGUGGUGUCGCUGAGCGGGAACCAGGCUGUGCGCCUGCCCCUGAUGGAGUGCGUGCAGAUGACCCAGGAUGUACAAAAGGCGAUGGAUGAGGGGAGAUUUAAGGAUGCUGUGCGGCUCCGAGGAAGGAGCUUCGAGAGCAACCUGAACACCUACAAGCGGCUCGCCAUCAAGAAACCAGACGCCCAUAUCCCAAAGAGCAACUGUAACGUGGGCAUCAUCAACGUGGGCGCGCCUGCCGCCGGCAUGAACGCGGCCGUGCGCUCGGCUGUGCGGGUGGGCAUCGCCGACGGCCACAAGGUGUUCGCUGUCUACGACGGCUUCGAGGGCUUCGCCAAAGGCCAGAUCAAAGAAAUCGGCUGGGGAGAUGUUGGAGGUUGGACAGGCCAAGGAGGUUCCAUUCUCGGGACAAAACGUACCCUCCCUGGGAAGUACUUGACGGAGAUCGCCACGCAGAUGCACACCCACAGCAUCAACGCGCUCUUGAUCAUUGGCGGGUUUGAGGCCUACCUGGGACUGUUGGAACUGUCAGCUGCCCGGGAGAAGCACGAGGAGUUCUGUAUCCCCAUGGUCAUGGUUCCCGCCACGGUCUCCAACAACGUGCCGGGCUCUGAUUUCAGCAUCGGUGCAGACACUGCCCUGAACACCAUCACCGACACGUGCGACCGCAUCAAACAGUCGGCCAGCGGGACCAAGCGCCGCGUGUUCAUCAUCGAGACCAUGGGGGGCUACUGCGGCUACCUGGCCAACAUGGGGGGGCUCGCCGCCGGAGCGGACGCCGCCUACAUCUUUGAGGAGCCCUUUGACAUCAGAGACCUGCAGGCCAAUGUGGAGCACCUGACAGAGAAGAUGAAGACCAGCAUCCAGAGGGGCCUGGUGCUCAGGAACGAGAGCUGCAACGAGAACUACACCACUGACUUCAUCUACCAGCUCUACUCCGAGGAGGGCAAAGGGGUGUUCGACUGCAGGAAGAACGUGCUGGGCCACAUGCAACAGGGUGGAGCGCCUUCUCCGUUUGAUAGAAACUUUGGAACCAAGAUUUCUGCCCGAGCCAUGCAGUGGAUCAGUACGAAACUGAAGGAGUCUCAUGGCAAAGGAAGAAGAUUUCUAACCGAUGAUUCCAUCUGUGUGCUGGGAAUAAGCAAAAGAAACCUUCUUUUCCAACCUGUGGCAGAGCUGAAGAAGGAAACGGACUUCGAGCACAGGAUCCCCAAGGAGCAGUGGUGGCUGAAGCUGCGGCCUCUCAUGAAGAUCCUCGCCAAGUACAAGGCCAGCUUCGAGGUCUCCGACUCGGGCCUGCUGGAGAACGUGCACCAGCGCGGCCAGGAGGAGCACGCCGCCAUCUAGACGCCGCCGGGCCUGCACCGCCUGGCUAGCAACGCUUCGGAUACCUGUUUUUGUAACAUUUAAGUUAUUUAUCAGCACUUUAUGUGAGUAUUGUUGACCGAGUACUGUUGACAUCAGUACCCAACCACAGGGCCCCUCCGCCUGUACCCUUCCUCCCCACCGGGUCCUCCGUCUCCGGCAUGAGCUGUCGGCUGUACCUCGUACUGUGUGUCCUGCUUCAAGACGUGUGUACCCGGUGGAAUUAAACAUUCGGCUAAAAC